AUGUUAGGCCUCGCAGGAAGAAGGUCCGCGCUCGCCCGGUCCAAGUGCGGCCUACCGCCUACGCUGUCGGCACGAGCUGUCGUCGGCACACAGUCACCCGCGACCAACGCGCGGGAUUUCUACUCCACGCCGACUAAUGCGGCGUUUCGGCCGACGUGGAUGCCUAUGCGUGUCAAGACGCCGUGGAUCGAUGCGUUGACGCAUAGUCGGGAUGCCGAGCGCGCUGGUGCCAAGGAUGCUGGGCAGGCUGCUGCGCCAAACGUGAAGCCGGAUCUGAGCCCGAAGAAAAUGUCGGAUAGUUACUACAGUGCUAUCUUGCCGUUGGCUCAAGAUAAAUGGCUUCUGGAUUCCUAUCUCAACGCCUCGGGAAAUAUCAGAUUGGGCUCGCUCCUAAUGGACCUGGAUGCCCUAGCUGGAGUCAUUGCAUACCGCCACACCGGCGACUCGGUCACCACCGUCACGGCCGCCGUGGACCGCAUCACCAUUGAGCAUCCGCUCAUGGAGAUCUGCGAUCUUGAGCUCAGUGGGCAGGUUACGUAUGCCACAGGGCGAUCCAGUAUGGAGGUCUCGCUGCAAGUGGCCAAGGUGCGCUCAGAGGGCCAGGCGGCGACGCCGGAGGAUGUAUUGAUUACCUGUGCGUUCACGAUGGUGUCGCUGGAUCCCGCUACGAAGAAACCCGCGUCUGUGGCCCCUCUACUCGUGGAGACCGAGGAAGAGAGGCGUCUUUUCACGAAAGGCGAGGAGAACUACAAAGCAAAGAAGGCGCUGCGCACCCGCAGUCUACUUGAGAAAGCUCCAGACGACGAAGAGAGCAACUUGAUUCAUUCGAUGUGGACCAAGGAGAUGUCCUAUUUGAGUCAGUAUCCUAACAUCCUACCUACCUACUACAUUCUACUACGUUAUCAAUCCAUCACGCCGCCAUCUAACAACCCACCAACAGACCCCCAGGCCCCAGCAACCCGCCCAGAAAACCAAGUCUUCAUGAGCGACACAGUCCUCAAAUCCGCCAUGAUCAUGCAGCCGCAAGACCGCAACCGACACAACUUCAUGAUUUUCGGCGGUUUUCUCCUAAAACAAUCCUUCGAACUAGCCUUCUGCUGCGCAGCAUCCUUCGCACACGCCCGGCCGAACUUCCUGGCGCUGGACCCCAGUACCUUCGAGAACCCCGUCCCCGUUGGCAGCGUGCUCUAUCUGCGCGCGACGGUCGCGUACACCGAGCCUGAGGAGCGCGACGGCAGCAACCGGUAUACUAAGGUGCAGGUCCGCGUCGACUCCAAGGUCCGUGAUGUCGAGCACGGCACGAAGAAGUCAACGGGUAUGUUCAAUUAUACGUUCUUGGUUGAGAAAGAUGUGCAUGUCAUGCCGAAGAGCUAUGGCGAGUUUAUGCUCUGGACUGAUGCACGGCGCCGCGCGCGCAAUGCUGCGGCUAUCGAUCCCGCGCAUAAGAUGAGUGCGUUGCGGAGUAUCCAGGAUAGUGUUACAGAGUAG